CGCAGUAGCAACGGUUUUAUAGUAUGACGCAGGCCAGUGGUCGUUGAGAGCAAAAUUCAAAUACAGUUUUACUAUAAACUGUUUCGAUAAAAAAAAUCUAUUUAAAUGACAAAAGCAGAAUUUGUGUGCCAGACGGUUUUAGUCGAAAGUUUACAAAACGCUACAACUUCGAAGCAAACGCAAGUCAAAGUGAAAAGAAAACCGUUAGAAAACGCAUGUAGAGACACACGCUGAAUGCGCGCACCCCAGUGAAGUACAAUUUCUUGACUUAUUUGGUUCUGAAAAUCCGCAAAGCUGAAGAUAAAAACUACGCCCAGUAAUCCCUCCGCCGCCGCCACCGCCGCUGCCGCCCUCGCUUCGAAUAAUAUUGCGCCAUUACAACAACAUACAGGAAGAGCUCAUAACGGUGCAGAUAGCUACCACCUACCGACGCAGACGCAGCCACCGUCACUGGCUUUACCCAACAACACCAACGUGGCUGCCGUUGGUUGUCUUCGGUCCAUUUCUUCCGCCACCGUUUAUCCGAACGCCGCCAAAAUUGCUCCUUACCAAAGACGCAUGCAUUUGCCGAGCGCAUCGGCUGCAGUCUACAGCGGCGGCUCAACGUCUGGCGGACUCGUCGGCCUCGGCAGUGGAGGUGGCGGUGGCGGCGGCGUUGGUAUUGGCGUUGGUAUCGACGAUGCCGUCGGGCAUAAUGUGUGCAGUCUGAUUGGCAAUGGCGCCGCCGCUAUGGCCACAUCGUGCACCUCGCCAAUGCGUUGGUGUGAAGGCGCCUCAGUGCCGCAACCGUUACCACCUAGUAAUGCGAGCAUUGGCAGUAGUUCACCCAUUGGUGGCGCUAGCAAUGGCACGGUGCAUAGUAGUAAUAGUAAUACGAAUAGUAGCAGUAAUAAUAAUAAUAAUGCUAACAACAAUAACAAUCACAGUAGUGGUGGCAACAAUGUUGGCUGUCAGGAUCUGUGGUGGACGGAGCGCAUGGUGGAGAUGGCACACGAGAAGUUUCCCAACGAAUUAGUACGCACCAGCAAUCCAUAUUUCUUAUGCUCCAAGCUGCCACCACACUGGCGUGCCAACAAAACGCUGCCCAGCUCCUUCAAAGUGGUGGCACUCGUGGAGGUCGGCGACGGCACGACGGUGACGAUACGGGCCGGCAACGAUGAGAACUGCAGUGCGGAGCUGAAGAACUGCCAGGCGACGAUGAAGGAGCAUGUGGCCAAGUUUAAUGAUCUGCGCUUUGUGGGACGCAGCGGCAGAGGUAAAAGCUUUACGCUUACCAUCACCGUACAUACGAGUCCAAUACAGGUGGCCACCUAUGCCAAAGCUAUAAAAGUCACCGUUGAUGGUCCGCGUGAACCGCGCUCCAAGACAAGUCCCACCAGUGGUCUUCAAUUUCGCCCAGUAGGCAUCUACGAUUCGCCCUACCCGACGCCUUUGCGUGACUUCGAACCGCGUCGUCCCAUGCGCCAACCGCCGGCUGUGUCUUCCAGUACCAAUGCCCUGCAGCAAAUAGCCAAUCACUCAUCGCCCAAUAGCAGUCGGACAAUAAAUAACGAAAUAUAUAAACCAAAUGCGGCAGAGAUAUCAGAAGCCAAUGCACUGAUGGGCGCCGCAGAUUGGACAACCGGUUAUCCGUCGUACAAUACAAGUGCCUAUACGCCCUAUCGAACCCACAACCCUUACCAAUAUCCGCAUCACACACCGAGCGCUGGCGCGCCCUCCAAUCUGCCACACUGUGGCUACGAUCCUAGCGUACCGACGACACUGACCACCGAUCAUAGUCUUGCGGUACCCGGUAUGCUAACGGACAUGACCUCUUUAUGUGAUUAUCCACAUAGCGGCAUGGCAGCACCCACUGGCACCUACAUGCCGCAUGCGCAAGCACCCAUCUGCAGCCCCAACCACUACGACGCUGGCAAAGCGGAGCUGGAAACUUUGAACAACACCUACCCCUCAUACAAUAAUUUUGCCAACGGCUACAACAAUUACAAUUAUAGCAGUUGUGCCGCUCAAGGUGGCGGUUACCCAGGGCAAGCAGCACCCACCAUGGUGCUCUGUCCGAAAUUCUACUCACACACAGUCAAUCAGAAUGAGAUUCAUGUGCAUGUGCACGACAACUCGUUGAUCAGCUCGCUCACAGGGUACCGAUCGAGCAUAGAGAUCGGCAUUGGUACAUCGGAUCAUGAAGCUUUGAGUGCACAAGGAUCGGCGCAAGCAUUACAUGAUGCCCAAAUGGGUGGUGGCAGUGGCGGCGGUGACGGCGGUGUGGUCACAGCGGCGGACGUUAACAGCGCAGCGGCGAUCACGAGCAGCGAACACAACCUCCAACAGCAACAACAACAGCAUGACGCGCAGUCGCAGGUGCAGCAGCAACAACAACAAACACAUUUGGAUGUACCGCAGGGUGACGCGGCAGGAACGGGCGAGCAGCACAGCGGCGGUCGCAACGUGGAUGUGGGCGAUUUGGGCAACGUCUGGCGUCCGUAUUGACCGGGCGGUGGUGGUGCAACCACAAAGUCUUACAUACUUGCACAUUGAACUGACUUGAAAACUGAAAUUUGGAAACAAAAACCCAAGGAUACAAUAUUUUUUUUUAAUUGUAGAUAAG